UUUUUGACAAUCACAUUCAGUUGAAGAUCGUGUCGAGACUGGUGCAUUGGGAUCAGUAACUACGAUGAUUAUCCGGCAAGCACAAUAACCAUGACAGACUUUGACCUGUCCUUCAUCCCUGCGCUCUAUACUCCUUCCACACUACUACCAAUUGCGAGACAUAAAGCCAGCCUACUUUAUGCCAUCGAAAGAAAUCAGGUAACGGUAAUAGUAGGCCAGACAGGUAGUGGAAAGACUACACAGCUUCCCCAGUAUCUGGAAGGAGCAGGAUGGUGUGCCGACGGGAAAUGCAUUGCGGUCACUCAGGUGGCCGCGGAGGGUUGCUGUCACCACGGUCGCUACUCGAGUCGCAGAAGAAAUGAGAUGUCAAGUGGGUGAACAAGUUGGAUACUCAAUUCGCUUUGAGGAUGUUACCUCUGCUCGAACCAAAAUCAAGUUUCUCACGGAUGGAAUGCUAUUGCGGGAAGCCCUAGUCGACCCGCUGUUGACCAGGUAUUCUGUCAUCAUGGUCGACGAAGCCCACGAGAGGUCGUUGAGCUCAGAUAUCCUGCUCGGACUGUUGAAGAAGAUCAAAAAGCGCCGACCAGAACUGAGGAUCAUUGUCAGUAGCGCUACGCUUGACGCCGAAGGCUUUGCAGAGUUCUUCAGAGAUCCAGACGGCGCCGACGAGCAAUGUCGAAUAAUCAGCAUCGAAGGUCGUACGCACCCCGUCGACGUUCUCUACCUCGAUCAGUCCACGGAUGACUAUGUCGAAAAGGCUGUUCAAACAGCCUUCACGAUCCACCAACAAGAAGCUCCGGGCGACAUUCUUAUCUUCCUGACAGGCAGGGAAGAAAUUGAAACGGCGAUGCAGAAGUUGUCUGAACUCGCUUCAACUCUACACCCACAAGCCGAUGCUCUACAACCACUUCCGCUGUAUGCCGGCCUAAGUACCGACGACCAAAUGUACGUGUUCUCCGAAGCAGCAGAAAAUACUCGAAAAGUUAUCCUCAGCACCAACAUCGCUGAAGCCUCGGUGACCGUUUCAGGCGUCGUCUAUGUGAUCGACUGUGGCUUCGUCAAACUCCGCGCCUUCAAUCCAACUACGAAUAUCGAGACUCUCACACCAUUCCCGGUAUCAAAAGCAUCAGCGAUCCAACGAGCAGGACGUGCAGGACGUACGAAGCCAGGCAAAUGCUUGCGUCUAUACACUCAAGCGGCGUACGAGUCUCUACCAGCCACCACUCCUCCUGAGAUCCAGCGCUCAAAUCUGGCUCCUAUGGUCCUGCAACUCAAAGCCUUAGGUAUCGACAAUAUUGUCCGGUUCGACUUCAUCUCGCCACCACCAUCACAACUCCUCAUCCGAGCAUUCGACCUGCUUUAUUCCCUCGGCGCCGUCGACGAAUACGCGAAACUCACAUCUCCGCUCGGCACACGCAUGGCCGAACUAGCCAUCCCACCAAUGAUGGCCAAAUGCCUACUCACCUCAUCCGACCCAAGAUUCAACUGUCAGAGUGAAAUGCUUACCAUAGCAGCGAUGACCUCGUUACAGGGCAAUGUCUGGUUCCACCACACAGGCGAGAAGAAAGCCAUGGAUCUCUCGCGCCGGAAAUUCGCGGCCGAGGAAGGAGACCAGCUCACAUUGUUGAACGUGUAUCAAGGAUUCGUGACAAAAGGCAAAAAGGAGGCAAAAUGGUGCCACGAAAACCACCUCAAUUUCAAGUCUAUGCAGCGUGCGGUCAGCAUCCGCAAUCAAUUGCGACGCUACCUUGAGCGACUGGGCGUGAAAGUCCAGGAAUCACUUGCCGCGUCGUCGUUACCACCAGUUCUGUCUACCAAGACGCAAACGGCGGAUGACAAGGCGACCAAUAUAGUAAAAUGUCUGGUGACGGGCUUCUUCGCGCACGCCGCGAAGAUGCAGCCGGACGGCACGUUCAAGUCGGUCUCGGGCGAUGUCACUAUGCAUGCACACCCGACUAGCCUCAUGUUCAAUCGCAAGGCCGAGUUCGUGGUGUUUCAUGACCUCUUGGAGACCGGUGAAAAGGUGUAUAUCAAGGAUAUCAGUAAAGUGCAGAAGCAGUGGCUGCUGGACUUCUCGGGUGGUUAUUACAACGUGAAGAGUUGAAUACAAUCAAUCAAUUUACAGAUCAAUGCUAAUUUGUCCUCUGUCAU